UAGACCCACUUCAGGUUGAAAAAAGAUAAAAGCAUGCUAAUUUGGAUGGAGGACUCUUCUUUCAAGGCAGCCAAUUGAGUCAUCAGCCUGCCACCCACCUGACUGUCUGACAGCAGCUACCUGAAGUUUCUGGCAGUAAAGUCGUCAUGGCAGACCUGGGCUGCAAAAAACCCAGCGACUGCACCGUCUCCAGGCUGCUCAGCGUAGUGGAGAGUGAACUCCGGGCUGGGAGAGACAAAGGCGACCCCACUGAGAAACAGCUCCAGGUUGUCUUAGAGGAUGCGACGCUCUGGCAGAGAUUCAGGGAAGUCACUAAUGAGAUGAUCGUGACCAAGAACGGCAGGCGGAUGUUCCCCGUUUUGAAGAUCAGCGUGUCAGGCUUGGACCCAAAUGCCAUGUAUUCCUUCCUGCUGGACUUUGCUCCGACUGAUGGCCACCGAUGGAAGUACAUCAAUGGAGAAUGGGUGCCAGCUGGGAAACCAGAGCCACCAAACCACAGCUGCGUCUACAUCCACCCAGACUCUCCCAACUUCGGGGCCCACUGGAUGAAAGCUGCCAUUUCCUUCAGCAAAGUCAAACUUACCAACAAGCUCAAUGGGAGUGGGCAGAUAAUGUUGAACUCCCUGCAUAAAUAUGAGCCCCAGGUACACAUAGUUCGCGUGGGAGGCCCCCACCGGAUGGUGAUGAACUGCUCCUUCCCUGAGACGCAGUUCAUAGCUGUGACUGCCUACCAAAAUGAAGAGAUAACAGCUCUCAAAAUCAAGUAUAAUCCCUUUGCCAAAGCAUUCCUGGAUGCAAAGGAAAGAAAUCAUUCUAAGGAUGCUCCAGAGACAGUCUCUGAAGGUCAACAUAUGACAUAUUCUCACAUGGGUGGCUGGUUGAUUUCCAACCCUGAUGCAAUGUGUGCACCGGGAAGCUCUAAUUAUCAGUACAGUGGGCCUCUGCCUCUGCCAGCUCCACACACUCCCCACAGCUGUGAGAGGUAUUCAGCACUGCGGGGCCAUCGGGCUGCUCCAUACCCACCUCCCUACAUGCAGAGAAGUCAUUCACCUACAGUUAAUUUGUUGGAGACUUCCAGCAACAAUCUUCAGGUAUUCUCAGGACAUGACAGCUGGACUUUGCCAUCCUCCCCACAUGCUAAUUUGCUCUCAGUGCCACACACAAAGGGAGGUGCCAGCCCUGGACCCAGCCACUACCCUUGCCUGUGGACAGUGAGCAACAGUGCUGUAAAUGUUGCCAACCCAGCAAGCGAGGUAAACAGCAGCCCUUCAAGCAUGUUUCUAAGGGGUAAUGUCCCCUUACCAGCUUCAUCAUCAGUCCAAAUCCCUCUGCAGGGAAUGGUGUCUGGCAGCAUGGAAACGCAAGGGGAAAGCAGUCUAGCCAGACUAGCCGACUCUGCAUGGACAUCCUUACACUCCUUUUAAUGGACAGGCAGGGCAGGAGGGAAGCUCAGCCAAACAAGACUGACACAAAUGGCAAACGAUCCCCUAGAAUUGCAGCACAGAGCAGAAGGUAUGCAGAAAAAUGACUUCAUCAAACCUCACUUUCCAUAAUGUAUCUCUUGUGUGCCAGUGAAGCCAAAAUGCAAAGGCAGGAAAUGUUAUGAGAACCUGCUUAUUACUGUAACCUUUAUGCAUCAUUCAGAAUGAUGCCCAGAAAGAGUCUUUUUAGUCAGUUUUGCUUCUAUGCCACAUUAAAAAUGGUCAGA